AUGCCGCCGCUGAUGCGGUCGGUCUCGCCGUCUAGGUUUCCAUCGCCUCCGCCAUCUCUUCUUUCUUCUUUCCACGCUAGAACGCCGGUCGCCGUCGCAUCUUUCUCUCCGUUCCUUUCGCAAUCCGGCGAUGGCAGUAACAGCAACAAUGGAGUCUACAACCGUAGGAGGACGAAGAGGUUGGGAGCGGUUGAGAGAGAGUCUGAAUUCGAAAUCGACAGGGAAAAGGCCCUGGCGGCGUUAGAGAAGCUCGAUCAGCAGCUCAAGGCCCUGUCAGAGAAGGAAACCGCCCCGCCCAGGAGAAGGCCCCCUUCUCCUCCCUCUUUUUCUUCCUCAGGUAACCUUUCUCUGACCAUGCCUCCUAUUUCUAAUCGAUAAUACCAGAUGAACUGGAUGCCAUUUCUUCAUAUCCAAUGUUAAUAUGGCAGAAAACGAUCGGCAAUUAGAAAGAUACGCGAAGAAUGAUGCCCUAGACGCUCCGUCCGGUAGCCUUUUUUCUCUGAAAUCACAGAGAACGGUAGAUCCAUUCAUCUGUUUUCCGCAUCAUAGCCUGUGCACAGGCGCGUUCCGAGUUCAUGGCCCCAAAGUCCGCACGACAUUGAUCGUGUCCAUAAUCCAGACGAAAGCAUCCAUAAGGAUUGGGUUAUUGACCACUAUCCUACCACUAGAAUCAUCAAUGGCUUUGUUGCUAGCGACGAAGCAGCCUAUGUAGGAUAUUCCCUUAGAAUACGAUGAAGGAAAUUGCUGAAAAAUCGUCUGUAAGCCUUCAAAGUUGUCCGUGAUUAUGAAACCAGCAGCCAGUUCGGGAUCAAAGCAAGUCGACUCCGGUCACGAUUCCAUUGUUCUGAUCUAGUUCCACAAAGGUUGACCACUAAUCCGAAGGAUGGGUGUCAGAAACUUGCAAACCUCUACAGAAAGCACAUCGCUUCUUCUCCAUGGCAUAUGAUCAAAGCAGUGUUAUUCCUUUGGAACAUAGGACGUAUUUUUUCCAUCCAAAAACUCUUCUUGCGUUAUAGUGGAAGAAAUUUUCCUUCACGAUAAUUCAAUCCUGCUAAAGGAAUCCACCACAUGAACAUCUUUGGUCCUCCUCUGAUUCUCUCAGAAUGAAGCUUGUUCUCAGGGUUUCAUCCUAGUAAAUAGGUUUUUUUUCUCUCAGAUGGGCUCUGUGAAAGAUUAAUUAUAAUAAAAAAAAUUAGAAGUCAACUAUUAACAAGCUCUGUGUAAGAGGAAUCUAAUACACGUAGAUUUGGUCUCCUUGGAACAUGAUAAUAUCAGAUGGAAAGGACACUUCUGAUGAAAUGAUUCAUGUUUUCUGCCCCUCUGUGGGCUCUGAUCUGAUCAUAUCUUACCUUCAUGAAAUAAUGUGCUAUGCUGAUCUAUGUUUGUCUGUUCUAAAUAUAUGAUUAUUUUCCGUGAGAAACUGUAGGAGCUGGAUCUUGGUCCCAUCUGAAAGCAGAAUAAAAUGAGCAUCAGAUAUCAAAUACAUGGAAUUUAUUUUUUCAGCUGGAGAAAUUCGUGAGAACUUUCCGCCACCAAUGUUCUCAUCUCUCAUGGUCUUUUUCAGACCCCGAUUUGCUCUGGAAGGAAACGAUGGGAGUGGACACGCCGGAAAUCUCUGGUUCGGUGCUUGCUUACUCCGCCAUCGCUCUUCUCAUUCUCACUUUUGUCAAUAACCUGCUCUUCGGCGUCUUUGUAAAACCCUAUGUGGACGGCGAUGAGCCCACUCCAACCGUUGUAAGGAGAUCCCCCGGCGGCGCCAAAGAACAGAUAGCCCCGCUUCUUUCAGAGAAGCCUUGA